AAGUAGGCAGGCAGUGGCAGCUCUCGGCGAGACACGGUCCCCCCGGCCCUCCAAGGCCCAAGCCGAACCCCCGUCUCAGUGGUACCGGGACAGCGCCGCAAGCCAAAGGGAGCCUUCUGGGAAGGGGGCUGAGGUCAGAAGCAAAGGAGGACCCGGGCCCCUGGGGAGGCACAGGUGGGGGAAGGCGGGACGGUCUGGGUCAGAACUGCAGGCCAGGAGGGAUGCUGAGGGGCCUGCCGGAGCCCAGCCCCGGCCCGAGGGAGUCACCGGAGCCCUGAGCCGCAGCCGGGAGCAGGAGGUGCCACAGCCAGGGGCCAGGAGUGUCCGCACCAGGGGCCGGGAGUGUCCGCACCAGGGGCCGGGAGUGCCACAGCCAGGGGCCGGGAGCCGGGGGUCCACCCUACAUGGACGUCUCCAUCAGCGGCCGCGACCUGCGCUGUCUGCAGCUGGCCUGCGCUGCCCUGGGCCUGCUGGCCGGCAGCAUCAUCAUCGGGGUGUCCGUCUCGUCCGCGGCGGCGGCCGUGGGGGGCAUCUUCAUCGGAGCCGCCGGCCUCGGGCUCCUCAUCUUGGUCUAUCCCUUUCUGAACUCCCGGUUCAAUCUGGAUCGGUUCCUGCCUUCCCUGGGGAAUCUCAGGAUCCACCCCCAGCCUGGGAGCAGUGCAGAGGAAGGGGCCCCCAGCGGUGGGGGGAAGAGUGAAGGAAUAAGAAGCCAUGUGUCCAACAGUCUUUCCACCGUGACCCGGACCCUGGAGAAACUGAAACCUGGAAGUGGCAACGCCGGCGGGAGCCGAGGGGCCGAGGAGGGCUGAGGGACCUUCAGCUGUGGCACAAGCUGCUGCUUGAGGAUGCAUCGCCAGGAAAGGGAACAGGACGGAGACCCCCGAUCUGCCCCCAGGCUCCCCAAUCUGGCUCCCCCGGGCUGUGCUCCCGGGACAGGCAGCCUGGAAGUUAUAAACCUCGGGAAGGCAGCAGGAGGCAGACUCUAUUCGCCACAUCUCCACGUUCUACCCCUAUGGCCCUACCCAGGAUGCAUCUGGAUUUUUUUUUCAAACCCAUUUUCUUAUUUCUUUGUCAGACUCACAGUAUGAUUCCUUUUAAAACUGUCUUUCUUGGU